GAAUUUAUCUCAUAUUUGAUAUAUUGAUUUUGUUAAAAAGUUUCGUGGCUAACUUGAGCGUCUUAAGUUCCUUGCUAGAGCACACUUCUGCAGCCCUUCAUCGUCUUUCCUCCUACUUUCAGUUUGUUCUUUCUUUUGUACCGACUGCCUCUACCUUCCUAUUCUAUACCCUGGUAAAUUUUCAAGAUUUUAGUGUUUUUAGAUUUUACUUUUAACAAAUUUCAUAUGAUGUCUAUCUCUCUUAAUUAGAUGCUAAUAUCUUUAUAAUUACCAAUCAGAGUAAUUCAUGUGUGAUCAUGUGAAAGUGAAAGGAACUGCAAUUACUCACGCAUUGCCUGUACAUACUGUUGGGAUUUUACGAGAAAAGAAGGGACUUGGAGUAGAAAGGGAGAAGCACUGGUGUAGCUUCCUAAAGGUGAGCAUAACUUGCUGCACUUUGCUGCUACCGUGCUUUGGUGCAGCUCUCCCUUCAUUUCAUUUUGCUGCCACCUGUGCAGCUUUCUUUCCAUUUGCUGCCUCUUGUGCAGCUUUGACACCUUAGCUCCAACACAUACCAACAUUCCAUCACAUUUUUUUCUAAUUAAAGAAAUUUGUGUAACUAUUAGUUGUUCAAGAAUGAAGAAUUUGUUUCCCUUAUGCGUUGCUCUCCUUCUGGCUUUAGAACUUAACAUUAACAAUACCAGCCACCACCCUUAUAGGAUUAUCAUCAAGAAAAUCACUGGCACUAG